AUGGGGGGAGUGGACACAACCCACGACCUCAAUAAGGACCUACCAGAUUUCAAACCUGUGCUUAUACCUCAACAAGGAUCCAAAGAGAGCGACAAAAUUUUACAGUUGCCUGGACAACCCAGUGAUGCUAUUAUCAACCAAUAUGGUGGUUAUAUCACAGUCAAUAACACCACCGGAAGAGCCCUUUACUAUUAUUUCGUCGAAGCCGAAACCAACAAAGAAUCAAAGCCUCUUAUCCUCUGGUUCAAUGGAGGACCUGGUUGUUCUUCUGUUGGAUUUGGAACGUUUGAGGAACUUGGUCCACUUCUUGUAAGAAAACAAAAUCUUGUCAAGAAUCCAUAUUCAUGGAAUAAAUUGGGGAACAUGUUGUUCUAUGACUCACCAGCAGGGGUUGACUUCUCAUACUCAAACACAACAUUGGAUUAUACUGCGACCGGAGAUAUAAGAACAACAAAAGAAGCUUAUACUUUCUUGAUAAAUUGGUUAGAGAAGUUCCCUGAAUACAAGAACAGAGAUGUCUACAUAGCUGGAGAAAGCUAUGCUGGCCAUUAUGUGCCUGAGCUUGCUUAUACCAUCCUCCAACAAAAUAGCAAGGGUGGUACAAUCAUCAAUCUCAAGGGUAUUUCUAUCGGAAACCCUGCCAUCAAUGACAUAGAUGACCGUGGUUAUGGUGGGAAUGGUGCCAGUCGUGGAUUGUUUGAGUACCUAUGGAGGCAACAUCUCAUGUCCGAUGAAGCUUGGAAUACAAUCCAGAAAAGCUGUGAUUUCAAUAUCCCGGGCGGUAAGAAGACUUUUGAGUGUCAACAAGCUAUACUUUUCAACUACUUCAUGGUCGAUGCUAACAUAGAUGCCUAUAAUAUUUAUGGUCAGAAGUGCUAUGAAGACAAUACAAAUGUGACCUCAGGUCCGGUUGGAGAUCAAUACCCAUGUGUCCAUGACCAACUUACUGUGUAUUUUAAUCGCCCAGAAGUUGUAAAGGCCUUGCAUGCCAAAGCUGGUAUUAAACAGAACCAGAUCAAACUGCAAUCGACACCCUAUACACACCGCGUUUGA